AUGGCAAAUUCCAUUCCCCUUCUACAACAAGCCGCCUUGGUACAAGAUCCGGGCGAGCACGCAAGCAUCAAGCUUGCGCAUAGCAUACCUGUCUCAAAUCCAGGAAGACAUGAGGUUCUGGUGAAAUUGACCUGCACCGGACUCUGUCGCUCUGAACUUCGCGCCGUCUUAGCAUGGGGUAUCUACAACUCCAUCAUCGGACACGAAGGAGUCGGCACAGUAGUGAAAACAGGAGAUGAAGUCCCAGAGUCCCUUCUUGGAGAACGCGUCGGCGUCAAAUGGCUAUACAGUGCGUGCAACGAAUGCUCCGUCUGUAAGCGAGGGUUCCCGCAUAACUGCGCACAACAGCUCAAUACAGGUCGCCAUGUCCCCGGAACACUGCAGCAAUAUGUCAUUACGGAUGCGCGUUUCCUAACCCACAUCCCAGAAGGCGUGGCGGAUGAGAUUGCGGCCCCGUUGCUCUGCGCCGGAUUGACUAUGGUCGGUGCUUUAUCCAAGCUUGACAACGAAUUGCAGGCUGGUGACUUUAUUGUUAUCUCGGGAUCUGGCGGAGGUCUGGGCCAUAUCGGCGUGCAGAUUGCGGCGAGGAUGAAGAACUUGCGUGUUAUCGCCGUGGAUAGUGGAGAGGGGAAGAGGGCGCUUAGUUUGGAGUCUGGGGCGGAGGUCUUCUUCGACUAUCGCACAGAGGAUGUUAUAGCUCGAGUGCAUGAGUAUACUGGCGAGGGAGCACAUGCAACUAUCGUGGUGCCGGGAACAGAGGAAGCGUUGAAGAUGGCUCCUGACCUUGUGAGAAACAUGGGAUUCAUUGUGAAUGUUGGGCUUCCGCGGAAUGACUUGCGCAUCCCCCUUUCGGCAACGCUCUGUACGGCGAGAGGACUUACCUUCAUAGGGUCCUCCGUUGGUACUGAGGACCAGCUGGCUGAUUUAUUGAAAGCCGCAGCUGCUGGAAAGAUAACCCCAUCGAUCGAAUCCUUUGAUUUCUCUGACGUACCGACUCUGAUCGAGGCGCUGAAGAAAGAUGGUAUCACGGGAAGGGCGGUAGUUACAUUACCGCAGUAA